GCGUUGAAGCGAUUAGAGGGCAACUCCGACAACAUCCACUCAUCCCGCCAACUUUUUUCUGUGUUGUCGUCGAAAGCCACUGAGACUGUUCUUUUUCGACAAGAACUUUUCGACAAUCAGAAAAAAAUCACCGUUAUCAUGGCCGACGCUCCUAUUACCUUGCGGACGCGCAAGUUCAUCCGCAACCCUCUUUUGGCCCGCAAGCAGAUGGUCGUGGACGUCCUCCACCCCAACCGCGCCAACGUGUCCAAGGAUGAACUCCGUGAGAAAUUGGCCGACCUCUACAAGGCCAACAAGGACCAGGUUUCCGUCUUUGGUUUCCGCACUCAGUUCGGUGGUGGCAAGAGCACUGGCUUCGCCCUUGUCUACGACUCACACGAGGCUUUGAAGAAAUUCGAGCCUCACUACCGUCUCGUCCGUAUCGGUGCUGCUGCUAAGAUCGAGAAGGCCAGCCGACAGCAACGCAAACAACGCAAGAACCGUUCCAAGAAGUUCCGGGGUACCGCCAAGACAAAGGGUCCCAAGAAGAGCAAGGACUAAAUCACCUAACGUCCAAUGUCUUCUCUGGGGUGAUGGUGAUACAAAAAAGGGCGUUGAUAAUUGCAUUGAAUUUACGAAAUCUGGGAAUAAAUUACUAUUCUUUUUAUUGACUCCAACAACAAACAUUACUUUUUCAUCCGAUUUUCAUAUCUGUUCUGUUCUUGUUAUAUUUUGGGGCAAGUUCAAAGCAAACAAUCAAUUGUUCCCUUUUUCUGUAAAGUCUGUUGUCUGCAGUCUGAGACGAGAAAAAGAAAAGAGCAAAAAGAAUACAAAACCAGAAUACCCUUCCAUCUACCUCGAGGUCUACCGAAUAUUGGUUUGUUGUAUGCUAUUCGAGAUACAGCUACUUUCCCUGAAAGCAGUGAAGAACAUGAACAUCAUCGACUAU